UUGCACAAAGGGUAUGAGGGAGAGUCUGAUGGAGCAGAAUGGAUUUACUCCUAUUUUCUGUAAUAAAAUAUUCCAGGACAGCUCCAGCUAGGAACUGGCGAUGCAGAGAAUGAGCCCUUACUGUGUACACCUUUUGUGAAUUUGGAAAGAAGAAGGAUAAGUUACUUUACUGACUAUUAUUUUAAGAGACAGACAGCUUUGGAGGUGCAGCCAGGUGUAUGAGUGGCUAAAAGUGUUGUUAUGGAAGCAGAAAUGGGGACCAGCAGUCCAGUGAUGAGUUCAAAUGUGAGUAAGCUGGAUAAAAAGUUUUGGCAUUCCUGUAAACCCUGAACUGAGCCUGGAAUUACCAAAUUUUACCAUUCCAGUUUAAUAAGGAGAUGUAAAAAAAAAUACCCAAACCAACCAUGAAUGGAGCAAACACCGAGUCUGUAACACAAUAUUCCUUCUUUUUGUUGAUGAAAAGACAGCUGAUGUACUUUGGAGCCCAAAGAAACACACCAAGAAUGCACUGAAAAGCCCUUAAAUCAUCAUUGUAAACCACGAUAGCACUGCUACUGUAGUGUUGUUAAAAAGAAAGAGAAGGAAACAUGCAGAAAUCUUAAAGUUAUUGAUGCUAGAGAUCUCUCUACGAUGUUUUAGUUAAAAUGAACAAAAAUAAGCUCACAAGAGGGAGGAUUCCCUGGAGAGACAUCACCUGCUGGCAGCACGUGUGGGUUUAGCUGCAGCCUGAAAGGAGCCGUUUGUGUAUCAGCAAAGGCGACAAGAGAAGUUUUUAGCAAUGAUUAACAACGUUGACUGAGUGUCUCCAGAAGAGCACUAAGGAAUUCCUGAUGGUUCACAUCCCAGCUUUAAUGUGGUAUUAAUAUAAGAGAGGAAGACCAAGAAAGCGCGUGAAAAGGAAGAUUUAAAAAAAAAAAAUAAUCAAACAUCAAACUGGCCUUUCAGCGAAUUAUGAAACUUAAAGGAGAAACUGAGCAAGAAUAGGAGAAUCCUGUGGGAAGGACUUCCUGGGGUCAGACUAGUUCAGCUCUGCAGACUCUCUCCUGUGGGAGUCUGUGGGACAGGCACUCUCGGGAAUGCUGGCUUUGACAGCAGAUCUGUUUCAUGCCCAAAGGAAGUAUUUACAGCUUUUAGCACCUGAGGAAUGCAAAUUGCUCCAAGCUACAGCAUAUGCUGUGUUCUUCAUCUGUCCGAUAACUUCACUGGUACAGAAUCAGCACCUAAAAUAGCCUCCUGUAAAAGCUGAUCUGUUUGAGAAGAUUAAAGCUCCCCUCCCUGCGGGGCUGAGACUUUUCAGUGUGAUAGGAAUGACUUGGAAUCCGUGGCUGGACAAUCUGGCUGGCGCAGACCCCGGGGUCUGUGGCACAAUGGACACACACAGAGCGCGCUGGAGCUUUUCCUGGAGCCAAAACUGUUUGCAGAGUGGCUCCCUACGGCUCCCAGGCCGUGCAGGCUGCAGAGUUACCAUCCUCUCACAGCGAGGACAGCAGAUCAGCAUGGAUAAAGCGGGAGGGGCAGAUUUUCAAGUUUUCUCUUUGUAAGGUGCCAACUGGAGCUUCAGCAGUGGCUGCUGAAAGCCUCCUCUGUCCCGUUAGGAAGAGACACGGAGUUCCCCACUGACCAUGGGCUGGCCACUUCACACAGCCAGCAUUGCAAGACAGCUGCAGCGCUCUGUGAGCCAGCUAGUGAAGAAUUCCCAUGGAUGAAAACGCUCCAAACAGCACAGGGUUUUUAUGACAUCCCCUCCUGGCCUCUCCUGACAUCCAGUCUUGGCUGCCGCUUCCUACUUACCCUCAACUGCCAGUGAGCCUUAUUCAGAGCUAUUUCCAGCCCGUGGCUGUUUGAGGUGCACACAACCCUCAAAUUAGUACCAGGACUAACCCACUACUGGAAGGGAGAGGUGCUUGUAGCUACCUUGGUAUCUCCCACACCCGAGAUGAGCCACAGACCAAAUGUCCAGUUCUGUGAAUCAAGCCCAUUCAAUUUGUUGUAUAAGCAGAUGUGUAGGCUUUCUCCUAAAUUUGGUGACAUCCAUCCACGGUGGAUUCCAGUCCUCCUGCUUUGCACUCAGAGUGCAAGGAAUCCCAGCAAGUGCUCUGCAUGUAAUUGUUCAAACUGUGAAAGCAACAGACCUUCUGGAAGCCUCAUCUCUGGACCAGAGAGGGCAGGCCUGAGGACAAGCGCGGGACGAUGUCGGAGGCGCGGCACGACAGCACGAGCAGUUUACAGCGGAAGAAGCCACCAUGGCUGAAACUGGACAUCCCGGUGCCAGUGCCUGUGCCAGUGCCAGAGGAGCCCCUCCAGCCUGUGCAGCCGACGCGGCGCCAGGCGUUCCUGCGGAGCGUGAGCAUGCCGGCCGACAACAGCCGCGUGCCCUCCCUGCCCCACGACGGGAGGAGACCGGUGCUACAACGACAGACCUCGAUCACCCAGACCAUCAAGAGAGGCACAGCAGACUGGUUUGGGGUGAGCAAAGACAGCGACGCGACUCAGAAGUGGCAGAGGAAGAGCCUGCGGCACUGCAGCCUGCGCUACGGGAAGCUGAAACCUCAGGUCAUCCGGGAGAUGGACCUGCCCAGCCAGGACAAUAUUUCUCUAACCAGCACAGAGACUCCCCCUCCCCUCUAUGUGGGGCCCUGCCAGCUGGGCAUGCAAAAGAUCAUAGACCCCCUGGCCCGCGGCCGAGCGUUCCGCAUGGCUGAGGACACGGAUGGCUGCAGCAUCCCCCACACGCCCAUCACCCCCGGGGCCACGUCCCUCUGCUCCUUCACCAGCUCCCGCUCCGGCUUCAACCGCCUGCCCCGGCGCCGCAAGCGGGAGUCGGUGGCCAAGAUGAGCUUCCGAGCGGCCGCGGCGCUGGUGAAGGGCCGCUCUGUGAAGGACAGCACGCUCAGGAGGGCUCAGCGGCGCAGCUUCACCCCGGCGAGUUUCCUGGAGGAGGACACGGUGGAUUUUCCGGAUGAGCUCGACACUUCUUUCUUCGCUCGGGAAGGAGUCCUUCAUGAGGAGCUCUCUACUUACCCAGAUGAAGUGUUUGAGUCUCCAUCAGAAGCUGCAAUCAAAGAUGCUGAGGUGAAACCUCCCGAUCAGACAGAUCUCACAGGAGGUGCCUUGGACAAAAACGAGCUCGAAAGAAGCCACUUGUUACUCCCCCUGGAGCGCGGCUGGAGGAAGCAGAAGGAUGGGGGCCUGGCGCAGCCCAAGGUGCGCUUGCGGCAGGAGGUGGUGAGCGUGAGCCCCCCAAGGCGCGGGCAGCGCAUCGCCGUGCCCGUCAGGAAGCUCUUUGCCAAGGAGAAGAGGCCCUACGGGCUGGGCAUGGUGGGCAAGCUGACCAACAGGACGUACCGCAAGCGCAUCGACAGCUACGUCAAACGGCAGAUCGAGGACAUGGACGAUCACAGGCCUUUCUUCACCUACUGGGUCACCUUUGUGCAUUCCCUCAUCACCAUCCUGGCUGUGUGCAUCUACGGCAUCGCCCCCGUGGGGUUCUCACAACACGAAACUGUUGAUUCAGUCUUGCGGAACAGAGGGGUUUAUGAAAACGUCAAGUACGUUCAGCAGGAAAACUUCUGGAUCGGCCCCAGCUCAGAGGCCCUGAUCCACCUGGGGGCCAAGUUCUCACCGUGCAUGAGGCAGGACCAGCAGGUGCACAGCUUCAUCAGCGCCAAGAGGGAGAAGGAGAAGCACUCUGCCUGCUGUGUGCGGAACGACAAGUCGGGCUGCGUGCAGACCUCGGAGGAGGAGUGCUCAUCCACGCUGGCCGUGUGGGUGAAGUGGCCCCAUCACCCCAGCACACCGAUGCUGGCAGGGAACAAGAGGCAGUUCGGGUCUGUUUGUCAUCAGGACCCCAGGGUUUGUGAGCAGCCAGCCUCGAUGGAGCCCCACGAGUGGCCAGACGACAUCACCAAGUGGCCGAUCUGCACAAAAAACAGUGCUGGGAAUUACACCAACCACCUCCACAUGGACUGUGUGAUUACAGGCCGGCCCUGCUGCAUUGGGACCAAAGGAAGGUGUGAAAUAACCUCCCGGGAGUAUUGUGAAUUUAUGCGGGGCUAUUUCCAUGAGGAGGCAACGCUCUGCUCUCAGGUGCACUGCAUGGAUGACGUCUGUGGGCUCCUCCCUUUCCUGAAUCCAGAAGUCCCCGACCAGUUCUACCGCCUCUGGCUCUCGCUCUUCCUCCACGCUGGGAUCCUGCACUGUCUGGUUUCAGUCUGUUUCCAAAUGACGAUCCUGCGGGACCUAGAGAAGCUGGCAGGAUGGCACCGCAUCUCUAUCAUCUACCUUCUCAGUGGCAUCACUGGGAACCUUGCCAGUGCAAUAUUUCUACCCUACAGAGCAGAGGUUGGCCCUGCAGGAUCCCAGUUUGGGAUUCUGGCCUGUCUCUUUGUGGAGCUCUUCCAGAGUUGGCAAAUCCUGGCACGCCCAUGGAGGGCUUUCUUCAAGCUGCUGGCUGUGGUGCUCUUUCUUUUUGCCUUUGGCCUCCUGCCCUGGAUUGAUAAUUUCGCUCACAUUUCAGGAUUUAUCAGCGGUUUCUUCCUCUCCUUUGCCUUCCUGCCCUACAUUAGCUUUGGGAAGUUUGAUUUAUAUAGGAAACGAUGCCAAAUUAUAGUUUUCCAGCUCAUCUUCAUUGCACUCUUCUCAGGACUCGUGAUUCUGUUCUAUUUCUACCCCAUCAAGUGCGAGUGGUGCGAGUUCCUCACUUGUAUACCAUUCACAGACAAAUUCUGCGAGAAGUACGACCUGGACGCACAGCUCCACUGAAAGGCAAAGGCUGGCUUCUCGAGCAGGCCCUGGAGAUGGACUGUCUUUGCAUUUGCUGUGCCAGUUCCAUGGGGACAAAGCCUCUAAUCCAAUGACACUUCUAACCCUGCCCGUGGUUAAUUUAAACUGUCUCCUUAGCACUUGGCAGGCAUGUUUCUUGCCUUAUCUCAGAAGACUCUGAAAACAGAACGUUUGUGCCUUGUUCAAUUGUAUUGAACCUUUUCUGCUGCCAUUAUUUUUAUUACACUAGUUUAAAUACUACAUUUUUAACCAGAGUUGUUUACUACUGCUAAGGUGGUGAUUAAACAGUGAGGUAGCGUUUUAGCUACUGUUAAUUGUU